AUGGUGGAGGCGCAGAUGUCAGAGGCCCGCGAACGGAUCGCCAACAAACACAAAGAAAAAUUCAGGGAGGCGUAUAGCAGUUCUCCAGGGGACGCGCCUGGAAAGGCAGAGCCGAUGCUCGAGGCCUGGGCUGCCUUCAACAAGAGGAGUGCUGCUGCAGUUGCUGCAGCAGAAGCAGAGUUCAAGGAGUUCAGCAGCUGCUGCAGCAUUUUGUUAGAGAGCGGCGAACUGCUGGAGUUUCCCUGCAGCAUCUUUGCUUCGGCAUUGCGACAGGAGAUGCAGCAGGAGGCAAAUUCAAUUCGGGAGAAGCAGCAAAGUGCACUUGAGCAAGCGAUUGCGGAGAAAUGCGAUGAAGGCUUCGUAGGCUUAGAUGCGCUCCUCACAGCUCUCGCAGCAACGAAGAAGAAGGAGACACAACAGCAGCAGCAGCAGAAGCAGCAGCAGCAGAAUUUGCUGUUCGAUGCAGAACCAUUGCCUUGUGGCAGCUGCGGAGGACCCUUGAGAAAUAUGUGGGCUGUCUGCAUGUCUAUAUCAUCGAAAGUGCUGAUUAGUACGCUGCGGGAGAUGCAGCUGAAGCGGCUGAGUUUGCUGUCGUCGACUCUCGAGGACAAGGAUAUGAAGGAGGACGAGGGGGACGCAGCAGCAGCAGCAGCAGCAGCAGCAGGAGCAGCAGCAGCAGCAGGAGCAGCAGCAGCAGCAGGAGCAGCAGCAGCAGCAGGAGCAGCAGCAGGAGAAGAAGAAGUGAAGCACACGAUGCCUGCUGCUUUCUUUCGACCCCUGAUAGACCCCAUUGCCGCCCAAGCAAUACAAAGGAGAGCUGUUGCAGUGAUGCAGCAGCAGUGCCGCGAGGCGCAGCUGCAGCAGCAGCGCAGCAGCAGCACAGCUUCAUGGAGAUCAGUACCUCUUUGGGGUUGGGUUUUGCUGCUGUGUCUUGGGUGGGAUGAGCUGGGGAUGUUGUUUUCAUUUGUUAGCAGCAGCUGGCUGCUGCUGCUGCCGCUGCUGCUGCUGCUCCUCGCUCUUGCUGCUGCUGUACUCCUCACGGGGCAGCUAGGCGUCGCUACCAGCAGCGCAAAGCAAGCAGCACAGCUGCUGCGGCUGCUGCUGCAGCCGCUGCUCUAUGGGCUCCUCAGAAGGGCUACAGACCUUAUGGAUCUGAUGAUGGUGCUGCUGCUGCUGACGAUGAUGGUGCUGCUGAUGAUGUUGCUGCUGUUGCUGCUGCUGAUGAUGUUGCUGCUGAUGAUGUUGCUGCUGAUGAUGAUGCUGCUUCAAAUGCUGCUGCUGAUGAUGCCGAGUGGAUUGGCGGGGCGGGGCGUUUCUGUGCCGCCGGCAGCAGCUGCGGGCCGGAGCCCUGGGAAAGACCAAAAACAUCGAGACGAAGUGGCGGAGCUGAAAGAGAAAGUAGCUGAGCACAGCCACAGCAAGUGA